AUGAAGGACACGUUGCCACAGGCCUGGAAACGCUUGACUUUUGCAAAGGCCAGUCCAACCUCGGCGCAGCCUUCACUGACGUCGGCGCCUGCAAUGCCUUCUUUCCGUCCAAACAACGGCUACACGACCAAAUUCUUGAUCAACUCCGAGGGUGGCUUAAACAAUUACAUCAUUCACAACGAGGACCACGCCAACGCCCACCUCAUGAUAUAUUGCCCCAACGUCUACAAUCAGGCAGCGUUCAACACCUGGAUGGACGAGAAAACAUUUCUCCUCCUGGACAAGAGCCCCGAGGACAUCAAAGAAGACAUGGAAAGGCAAACACCACCAGUCGUUCGGAAGCACUACAAAAAACUCCUUGACUACAACAAGCCUAUACCCUAUGGGUACAUUAUGACGAAGCGCAAAAAGCAGUGGAGCAAGGGCCGCACGAUUAUCGCCUACUCCAACACGUGUGUCGGGCGACUCCUCAGAGUUGCAGCGUUGGCACUGCAGAUGCUUAAAGCCACGUGGCCUCACCACUUCGGGAACAUCGCCGCGCCUCAACUGUGGCAAGAAGUCCAUGAGCUACUUCAAGCCAACGAAGAGCAGCCAGAACGAGAACUUAUAUUCCUCAACCACGACCUCGUGGGCUUCUUCAACAGCAUUCCCCAGGUAGACAUCAUCCAAAGCGUGCGCUAUCUUAUCGCCGAGUUCUCCAAAGACAACAACGACAUCCUUCUAAUCGACCCCCACAGCAAACUUAACCCCAUCAGCCCCAUUCUGUCGACGUGCGCCAUCGUCUCGACGGAGAUCACGUGGCUCCGUCUCUACGGGCAACACGUCGCAAGCGCACAUCUCGCUGAUCAGCUCUGGAUACGCAGGUACGUCGACAACCGGGCGAUCAUCGUCGACAAAGAGGCCCUCCACAGCAACCCCUACAUCUGGCAACUCGCGUCACUACAAUUUUACAAAAAGCCCGUACAACUGGAGGAUGAAAACUGUGAUGAUUUUCUAGGCUUCCGCAUCAACGCCAACGACAGACAGGUCAGCUACAUUUUGCAUCCUCAACAGUGGCGCUACCGGCUCCCUCAGUCAGCAGGCUCCCGAAAACUUCGCCUCAGCGGCUACCACAGCCGGAGACACAUGAUCGAAAGCACGGUGCGAUCCCUGGCACAACAGCAGCUGCAAGCAGCGCUGGCUCAGCCUCGGAUUUGGUUCUACCGGGGGCAGUAUGUUGCUUUUGUCCUUUUUGUCUGUUGUGAGCCCUGUCCUCAGCUUUUUGAUUCAGACGUGGACCAGCAACCGGUUCGACUACCGCUGGAUGAUCCGCCACCAUGCUUACCUGUGAGCAGCCACUUGGAAGUUGAGCAGGUCUGUCAGCGGCAUCUUAGCGAUGGAUACAUUCCUAUGUCUUUGUUUCCUUGGCUAACGCAGAAGUUACCGUCGGAGCUCCUUCGCGCAUCCGCACUCACACGUCGCGGCGCGCCAACCCUGGUCUUCUCUUCCGGCGCCUACUACCACGCCGGGUCAGUUGGGAUUCGGAGCAACACCAGGAAGUACCCCUGGACCUCGGCUCUUCUUGCCCAUAUGGUUCGAGCAUGCACGCGCACCAACUUCUCCACCGUUUCGCUGCUGCGCAACGUGAACAUGGCCGCCCACGUGGACAAGUACAGUCAGCCAGGCUCUACUAACGUGCUCGUGCCGCUCUCGCCAUUCCGUCGCGGAGAACUCUGGCUCCUAGAAGACAACGGGUUGGAGUUUGACCCCCUCACCAAGCACGCAACGUGCCCGUGGAAGGACGCCUCGAAUGACGGCUAUAAUGGCUAUAAUCACUCCAUCAGAGUUAAGUCGAUGGCCCUCGCCGACGCCCACAGCUUGGCGUGUGAUAUGGCCAUCCAGCAUACCGAGAUCACCGCUUAUUCGCUUUUGGAGGUGACGCAUGACCUCCGCAUGCUCGUGCACCUCGCGCAAACCAACAAGGCCGCGUGGCUUCGCUGCAGUCAAGUCCUGACUUCAACCAGCACAGAGUGCAAGAUCCAGUCGAACGCCCCCUGGCACAAGCGCGCUGGUCGAGCCGUGGAUGGUAGCCACGCAGAGACACCAAUCGACAUCAAGAUGUACUUGUUCAACAAGCGUAUGCACACCUGGUACCAUCAUGAACUUUCUUAUCAGCAGUACAUGGACCUUGAGGUGCGUGACCAUGUGGUAAGCGUAGCAGUGCUAGAGACCAUGGAUGCCGUGGCGCCCACAACUCCGCCAUCAACCUCCAGUUCGUUUGACUACUCCGAUGAGGGCGGCCAUGAUGCUGCAGAGCAGGCAUUAACCAAUGCCACUUUGCUAAAAACCAUCCUCAAAUUCCACACGGAGCUCCGAGUCAGGAUGGUGGCCGUCAGUGUGGAGGACACUCCCCUCGCGAGGCACGACAAUCAAGCAGUGCAAGGUGCCAUGGAUGCUAUCGUGCAGCAGCAUCCACAAGCUCACCACACGACAGUGAUCCGCGACUAUCGACCCCAGCACACUCUCAUCGAGAAGUUGGUCUCGCCCGACAUCGUCUACAGCCUCGUGCUCACGAGCAUCCAGGAGCGAUUCUCUUCAGCGGCUGAGGCCGAGACUCUCCAUGGAAAGCCCAUUCUGCCCGCGUCCCAAGCAGACAUUUUGUCCCUGAGGGUCGGCGAGUACCAGUAUCCGAACCCACCCAAACUUAACUCGCGCAGCCACUCAGCUCUCACAGCCACAGCCAGCACGAACGACAUGAACCGCGCCGGGGAUGUCGACAACACCGAAGACGCCACAUCAUGGAGGUAUUACUGGAGCAAAGUGAACAACCAAUGGCAGCGAGUUUGGUUUUCAGUGACGAGAGCAUGGCUGUUUGAAAGAGAGCGAAAAGACCGUAACAGAGCCCUACAGCAGCAACAAGAUCUCCAACAAAUUCAACAACGAACAGACGCUGAGGCAACUGGCUACGCCAGCGGCGGCCACUUCCAGUUCGUCUUCCACUACGAGGAAGAGGAAGAGAAGCCGCACCCCAUAGUGUGGAUGAGCUAUGCCACGAUGUGGAUACAUCUUGCCAAUUAA